GAAAUGAUUAAAGUUGAAUUUUAAGGUUGUGAGGGAUUUCUUAAAAAAAAAAAAAAAUCUAUUGAUAUGUUUAAAUUUUGGACUAAAUUUUACAUUAUUCUGCCACAAUUGUUUUUUGCAAUUGGCGGGAAAAUUUUUGAGACACUAAAAAAAAAAAGAAUAAUCCAAAAAAUGAAAGCCUCGAGAGUCGAGAGUCGAGAGUCUGAGUGAGAGAAGGAGAAGAAGAAGAUGAAGAAGCCAAUUCCAAAAAUUAGGGUUUUUGGUCAGCGAUCGAUUGCUUCUUCCUUUCUGAAUCCCAGUUCGAUUCCUGUCGAAGCCUCUUCGAGUAAUCAAUCGAACAAAUCAGUGCUGCUUAAGCCCAGCAACAUUGAGGAGGGGAUAAGAAGUCCAUUCACCUCUUUUGAUUGCUCUAAAGAUCUGACUAAACUCUCUCAUGGGUUUGGGGUGGAGAGAAGAGGGAGGGAAGAGAAGAAAAAAGAUGAUGGUGGUCUUGAGAAGAUGAUGCUUCAGCAGUUUAAGCCAAGAGAGGUUCAGAUAAGUGAAGAAGUGAGUAGGGAGAUAACUGCUGAGGCGAGUCUUGAGCCGGUGGAUCAAAUCGCUGCUGAAGAAACAGAUAAUCUGGCUUCGUACUCCGAUGAAACCAAUGAAGAUAUCAUUAUUGUGAAGGAUGAUAAAACAUCAAAGAAAAGAAAAGAUCCUUUUGAAGGUAUAGAGAGCACGAGUAGAACAGGAAAGUCUGUUAUAGUCUUUGGAGACAACUCAAAAGUAUCUAAGCCAAUGCAAAGGGAAAGAGAAAGAGGAAGCAACAAUAAUAGUAAAAAGCGGAGAUCAACAUACAACCAUUAUGCAAAUGGUUCAGGAUGGUGGGACUGUGACAUGGAAGGUGUUGAUUCCGAAGAAGUGGGACACAGUGAAGUGUGGGAAGGAGUUGGCUCAACUACAUUCGGAGAUAUAGUUGAUUGGCACUAACGAGUAACAACAGUCAACAGGGUCGGUCCAUGUCUUUUUUAUAUCACACCUUUACUAAUUACUAUGGUUUGUCUGAGAAAUUGAUUCGUUUUGGCUUGCUUAUGGUAAAAACGUUAAUUAAAAGACUUUAUAUAAUGUUUCUUAAUUGGA